UAUGGUGUCAUGGGCCCUUCUGUUAGCAGUGUGUGGAGUUGCAACACUCACCCACGCCUCACCCACGUACCCAGGUGACGGUGAUGCGUUAAGAGGAGGUGAAGGAGAAGGAGAAGGAGGAGGAGGAGGAGGAGGAGGAGGAGGUGAAGGAGGAGCAGAAGAGGUGGUGGAGGCGCGAAAGGAGGGUUUGGUCUCACGCUGGAAGCACCUCAAGCAUCAGUUGCUGGGCCUCAAGUGCUCCCCUGAGGACGACCUCAAUACUCUCAACAGACGGACCAGGAGUCUCUUCACUGUGGGUUACAGCGGGUGCUCGUGUGCGGACCUGGCCGCCCUGGCUGCUCAGAUCACUAUCUUCGAGGAUGAUGUGAAAACCAUCGUUGAGAUGGAGAACAAACUUACACUUAUCGCUACGGCCAUCAAGCAACUCGGCAUCUGGGUGGACUCAGGUGUGAGGGGCCCUCAGGGCCCUGACGGCCCUCCAGGAUCUCCAGGUCCUGCAGGACUUCCUGGCGAGAUUGGCCACAAGGGCAGCAUUACCAGCAGGACCCGCCAGGGUGUACCGGGGCCCCCAGGGCACCCAGGACCCCCGGGCCCUCAAGGACCCAUAGGCGAAACCGGCGACUGUAUCAAGGGCAACAAGGGCACGAGAGGCAAGAAGGGCGAGCCCGGUUCACAGAUCCCGGGACAUAGGGGCCUUCCCGGACCCCCAGGACCCAGGGGAGACCCAGCCCCAGACCUGAACGCCGUUCGUGCUGCUGCUGCUGCUACCGUCAAGAAGCAAUAACCUAGACUUAACUUGGUAUUCUCAAGGAGACACAUUAACUCACACGUGAGCAUGUUACAGGUUAAUAAUCUUCAUUCACAACAGCCUCUGCUAGUCCAGUCUACCGCAAAGUUUACCAGGAUGUAAUUUAGUUUAACUAGGCUAAGUUAGAGGUACAGUUUGCUUUGAAUGAUUUGUUUUGAGAAGUAUGUGUGUUCGAUAAUACGAGACUACCCUGAUCCUGUCCUUCCUCAGGCUGUUGAGGACUGCUGUGUAAGGUCUUCUGAUGUAGAUUAGAUUCUGCCGACGAAGUGGCUAGUGUAUUGUACACCCUAUAUCCAUCCCGUAGACGGUAGCUCAAGAGCAUAUGGAUACGCAAAUGGUCUAGGAACUAGGUCCCAAAUGGGUUUACAGGAAUACAUCUGGAUUUUUAUAUCUUCAGUUAGGGUCUUCUGUAUUCUGCACAAGUCGGAAUUUUUAAGACUGGGUUUACUAAGAUGAGCGAUCGUUCUAGCCUGUCACCCACACUGUUUAUAAAUAUUAGAAAGUGUUGGUGAAUGAAUCAGUGACAGAAAACCAGCUCAAGCAUCGUCUGUUCACUCAAGUCUCAGAGAUAAAGUGCCAAGUGUUUGGUUGAGUUAAAGGGCGACAACUUUAUUGGCUGUUUCUAAUGAAAGUAUUACUAAAACAUUUCUCGAAGUCUUGUGAAUAACUGCAGGUUGUGAGAAACCUCAUACGAGUCGUAAAGGAGUUGUUGAACAGCGACCCUGGCUACGGUCGGGACUUUGUGCAUAUAAGAUUGAAAAGCGUGAAUUAGUCCAGCCUUCUGACAACACCAUAAAAAAGACUAAUAGACAGCAUGUCAGGAGAAGCUUUCAAGUAAGUUUUUCAUAGGCUGAAACAAUCAAGAAAAUAAACCAUACCACCGGUGGGGUUAGAACCCGCAAUCAGAUAAAAAAACUCCAGACCUAUGCGCUACCCACUGGUCCAGUGGCUAGCGCGUCGGUCUGGAGUUUUAUGACUCAGAUCGCGGGUUCUAACCCCACCAUGGUAUGGUUUGCAAUCGUGGGUCAGUCAAGAAAAUUUUCGAUUCAUUUAAAAAAUGAAUCUGGAAAUCGAUGGUGAACCUCCAGAGAUGUUUGCUCGAUAUAGCAGAUGAUGACUUCAUGACAGAACUUUUUUUGCAAGCGUCAUUUUCAAAAUGGUCAGUUUUUCUUAUUUCCAGCAGCAAAACCAUGACUGGAUGGCUUACGGUGCUGGAUGGUUUUAUGAAAGGAGGAGCGGAGUUCCAUGCUAGAGGUCGUUACUGAUACUGCCAUCAUCCACCUCUACUUCAAUCGAAAGAACUUGGCGACAGCAGAAAUUCAGCCUCACACUGACUCACUCCACUAGAUGGAGCUCACACUGUGAACUCCAUCUAGUGGAAGACACCGAAUUCUCAGUCGUUCCAAGUCACCUGCCAGGAAACGGAACGAAAAUAUCAACAGUAUUUACUCUACCAUUCACAAGUCCAAUGGCUCUCUCGGGGACGAAAUAUUUUCACGAGUUAUGUUACCGAGAAUGAAACUAUAUUUUCCACUGAAAGGAUAAAUAAUUCUAUGACUGACCACUUCAGAGGUCAACCCAGACUCCUUUAUAAACGACAGACACUGAAAUUUUAAGGUUGGUUUGUGGGUUUCAAGUGUGAAGGUUGGUUUAUGGGGUUUAAAUGGUGGCCUAGUCCAGAAACCUUGAUGUUUUGCAGGUUUCUGUUACUGCUUAAAAAUAUAUUCUCACCUUCAUUCAUUAUUGUUUGUAUUUUAUAAUUGGUGAUAAUGAGUGUUAACGUAACCUAAUAUAGCGGGAGAGAAAAUCGAUUUAAUCUCGAGUAAUAAACAAAAUCCGCAAGAACGUUAGCAUUAAGAGGUUUAGCAAGGAUGAUCCCUGGCUGGCAAGCCUGGCUGGCAAGCCUGGCUGACAAGCCUGGCUGGCAAGCCUGGCUGACAAGCCUGGCUGACAAGCCUGGCUGACAAGCCUGGCUGACAAGCCUGGCUGACAAGCCUGGCUGACAAGCCUGGCUGACAAGCCUGGCUGACAAGCCUGGCUGACAAGCCUGGCUGACAAGCCUGGCUGACAAGCCUGGCUGGCAAGCCUGGCUGACAUGCCUGGCUGACAUGCCGGGCAGACAUUUCCUAGCAUAAAUUUAAGCCAGUUAAACACUGAUGAGCAGAGAACUCGACCAUAAGUGAUACUAAUGAAGAGAUUUCUUCAUCUGGAGGGUAAGUUCAAGGGAGUAACUACAUCAUCCUGUAAGCUGAGUGAAUUUCUGGAAAUCGUUCACAGUUAUUAAACCAGGACCUGACAGAAAUUUUCCAGAAACUCUUAAUACAUAUGAAAAGUAAGAGGAAUCGAAGAUGAAUGGUUCAGAACCGACAAGUUGAUAAAUUAGACACAUGUGCAACAUUUGGGUAUCUUAAAGAUAUCCAAAUGUUGCACAUGUGUCUAAUUUAUCAAGAAGAAUCGUUAGUUAUCAAAACAAUUUAAUCUUCACAAACACAUAUGAGCAGGAAAGCUUUUGAUUUAGACAUCCACAAAACUGGGAAGGUUGUUGAUGAAUUCCUGGAAUAACUUCGCCUCGAGGAAAGUCAAACUUGGCUACUCACUGGGGAGGUUUCUUUGUCAUUUCUGGACACACCUGCAGGUAAACCAGAGAAGCUCAGUAUCUGUUUCCAACUCCUUACUGAGGCAGAAUUUUCUUGCCUGGUUGUGAUCAAGACAAUAACAAAUGUUGUUUUGGCUCAGAGUAUUACAUCAGCUGAGGACUACUGAACCAACUCAGAAAAUGAAACUUGAGAGUAACAAUGAAUUUUCGACUAAGUAUUUUUUUUUUUAUCUUAUUAACGAACAAUAUUUGUUGUUCAAUAUGCAUUUUCACAUAAUAAAAUAC